UCCGUGGUUCACAAUAAGUAAGCGACAAUCCUAUUGGUUUAGAAGGACACAUUUCAGCCAAUCAUUGUGUGUGUUGUUCCGGGGUUAGCUGCUGUCAAGUCGUGCUCAAGGGUCCGCUUGUAUAACAAGGUGACCCACCCUUAGGCGAGAUGGGUGUCCUAUCGACCCUGGCAAGAGGGCUGCUCAGAGGCGCUGACCGGAUGGCUGAAUUCACCAGCAAGAAGGGCGCCAGGACACACAACAAGGGCCGGACCGCCCGGCCCACCGGCCUCCGGCUGUCCAGCUCCAAGUUCGUCGCCGUGAAGGCCAUGAUCCCGGAGUUCGUGGUGCCCAACCUGGAGGGGUUCAAGCUGAAGCCCUACGUGUCGUACCGCACACCCGGGGGAACCGAGGCUGCCCCGACGGCAGAGAGCCUCUUUGCAGAGGUUGUCGCACCGCAGAUUAAAAGUGACUUUGAGAAGGGCAGCUUCAGCAUGGACCAGUUGGAGAAGUAUGGGUUCGAACCCUCACAGGAUUCAAAGCUAUUCAAGCUGUUCCCUAAAAACUCUGUACGUUAAGUUGUGCGUCCCAUUUUGUUCAGUAUUAAGGAACUUUUUUUUUCUCAAGUUGUACACCAUCCAUUAUCGUUAUUUUUGUACCCAAAUAAAUUGAGUGCAAAAGUCA